GAAAUAAACAUGUGUCACUUCAAGCUGCUGGGAGUUUGUGUACAGAGUUAUUACACUGUUCACCUCACCAUAAUGGACUUUAACUGUCUGAAGGCCAAGCUGAUCUUCGGCCUGAAGGGGAAGAAGAAGAAGAAAACCAACAAAGACCUGGUCCUGGCAAACAAGGGAGCUGUGGAGAGCGAGGCCGAGGCUCCUUCUGAAGAGUCGUCUCUGCUGGAGGCAGAAAACAUGGAGGAACAAACCGGACCCUCUGCAGUCAGGACCAGGAUCUUACCAAACACCAAGAGAGCCAAACUGAAGACUCGCAUCCAGGACAGUGAAGGGAAACCACAGAGCUUCCAGAUCGCCAUCAACAUCACCGAGGCCCGACAGCUGGUGGGAGAGAACAUCGACCCCAGCGUGGUGAUCGAGAUCGGAGAUGAGAAGAAACAGACUUCAGUCAAAGAGGGGACCAACGCUCCCUUCUACAACGAGUACUUCGUGUUCGACUUCUUCGCACACAAAGAAGUGUUCUUUGAUAAAGUCAUCAAGCUGACGGUGAUGCACUCUAAAAUGUUGAGGAGUUUCUGCAUCGGGUCGUUUAAGCUGGAUGUAUGGACCGUCUACAAACAGCCAGGUCACCAGUUCAUCAACAAGUGGGCCAUGCUGACCAACCCUGGUGACAUCAGCACCGGGGUCAAAGGUUAUGUGAAGUGUGACAUCAGCGUCUCGGCGAAGGGAGACGCCACGCAGCCCGGACAGAAAGCGAGUGAUGCAGAGGAGCAGAUAGACAAGAAUCUGCUGAUACCAGAAGGUUUCCCCUCAGAGCGACCGUGGGCUCGUUUCUAUGUGAAGGUGUACCGAGCUGAAGGCCUUCCCCGGAACAACUCCAGCAUCAUGGCCAACGUCACCAAGGCCUUCAUCGGAGACAACACGGCUCUCAUAGACCCGUAUGUGGUCGUCAGCUUCUUCAAACGCGUGGGUCGCACAGCCACUCAGAAGUCCAACGCUGACCCGGUGUGGAACGAGCAGAUCGUCUUCAUCGAGAUGUUUCCUCCUCUGUGUCAGAGACUGAAGAUCCAGGUCUGGGAUGAGGGGAGCAUGAGUGAUGUUGCUAUUGGAACACAUUACUUUGACUUGAGACGGAUCUCUAAUGAGCAGGACGGGGACAGAGGGUUCUUACCGACCUUCGGUCCUGCGUGGGUCAACAUCUACGGCUCUGCCAGGAACUUCUCUUUGGGUGACGACACGGUGGAGCUGAACGAGGGCAUCGGAGAGGGAGUGUCCUACAGGGGUCGGGUCUACAUGGAGCUGGCUGUGGAGAUCCUGUCAGGAGGGACAGGGUCUGAGUCCAAACUCAGCAAAAUGGUGAAGUCAGUGAAGGAUCCUAAAGCAGGGAAAGCUGGAGGGAAGGACGGGAAGGCGGCUGCAGGAGGAGGAGCGGGAGGAGCUGCAGGAGGAACCGCUGAUGAUGACAGAGGGAAGUCUGUGGCGGCUGAGGUGAUGCCUGUGGAUAAUCCUCCUGUGCUGAAUGCAGACCACCAGGAGAACUAUAUUCUGUUCGGGUCGUUGUUUGAAGCCACCAUGAUCGACCGGAAGAUCGGAGACAAACCAAUCAGCUUCGAGUUCUCUAUGGGUAACUUUGGUAACAUCCUGGAGCCGACAGGCGUCCCCGCUCCGAGUCCCUCCAUCGGUCGCAGGAGUCCUUUAAGUCCUAGGUCGCAGGCGGUCCAGGACAAAGGUGACACAUUGGGCACCUCUCUCAGCCCCUCCUCCCAAACCUCCCCCCUGUUACCCAGAGACUCCAAAGACGGCGCUCCGAUGGCCUCCAAGUCCAGCACGCCUCCGGAGAAGCCGCUCAUCGUGGACGGGAACAAGUACUACAUGUAUCUACCUCUGGAGAAGCAGAAGCCGUGCAUUAACGUGAUGAGUCACUGGGAGGACCGAACCUACCGACUGUGCAACUCCAACAUGCUGGAGAACAUCGCCUUUCUGUUCGAGGAGGGCGUGGCCCGGGCAACCGAGCUCCACAAGAAGUUAGAUCCAGGAGCCGAGCCGAUGCUGAAAACCACCCUCAAAGAGUUCUGUAUGGACGCCAGGAGCUUCAUCACAGCAGCAGAGGCCAAGCUGAAGGCGGAGCUGAAGUCGAGCUACCUGACGCAGCUGGACAAGAAGCGCCUCACCAUGUGCAAACAGGAGCUGGAGAUCAUGAUAGAAGAGGCUCAGUCUUUGGGAGAGAGGAAGAGGAAGGUCCCCGGAGUGAAGGGAAUGCUGCAGAAUGCAACCAAACUCACAAUGAAGCUCCGGUUCCUGGUGGUGGAGCCUCAGCACACCGUGCCGGACGUCUUCGUGUGGUUGUUGAGCAACAACAAGCGUGUGGCGUUCGCUCGGGUCAAAGCCAGAGACCUGUUGUUCUCCGGAGACCAGGAGUCCAGAGGAGUCCACUGUGGGAAGAUCAUCACGCUGUUUUUAAGGCCUCCAGGGAAGAGGGUGUCUGGACUGUCGGUCCAAGCAAAGCUGGACGUGUAUCUGUGGUUUGGUACCUAUGAGGACUCAGUCAGCAUGCUGGACGACCUACCUGCAGGAUUCAGACCAGGAGCAGGGGGCACUGAUGCCAGCAGCCCUCCAACAUGCCUGAUCAGUGCAGAGCAGCAUAAGUUCCACCUGAGGUGUCACAUGUAUCAGGCUCGUGGUUUGAUCGCUGCUGAUAACAGCGGCCUGUCUGACCCGUUCGCCAGAGUCACGUUCCUGUCUCACUGCCAGACCACCAACGUGAUCAAUCAAACCCUCAGUCCGACAUGGAACCAGUGUUUGCCGAUGAGCCGCCUCCAGCUGAGCGGGGAUCUGCAGCACAUCCAGGAGGAGCCGCCUCGCAUCCUGAUCGAGGUGUACGACGAUGACGCUCUGGGUAAACCGGAGUACCUGGGAGCCACGGUGGCGGUCCCUGAGGUCCGCCUGAACUCUGAUCCUUACACGCCUCCGACCCUGAAGUACAGCCCGCUGCACUGUAGCAGCCAGGCCGGAGGAGACCUGCUGGCUGCCUUCGAACUGCUGCAGAUCCCAGAGUCUGGAGAGGGAGGUCUGCCAGCGCUGGAGGAUCAGGAAGGAGGGAUCUACAGGGUCCCUGCUAACAUCAGACCUGUUCUCAGCACCUACAGGCUAGAGGUGUUGUUCUGGGGUCUGAGGGAGCUGAAGAAGGUCCAGUUCCUGUCUGUUGAUCGUCCUCAGGUCUUCAUAGAGUGUGCAGGUAAGACUCUGCGCUCCUCCGUCAUCCAGAAGUACAAGUCCAACCCAAACUUCCCCACGCUGGUCGAUGCCAUCGAGCUGGAGCUACCUGAGAACGAACAGCUCCACCCUCCUCUCAGCAUCACGGCGGUUGACUGGAGAGCGUUCGGUCGCAGCACGCUGGUGGGGAAUCACGUCGUCAACAACCUGAAGGCCUUCAAAUACAUCGCACCUCCACCGCCGCCUGCUCCCCUACCGGCUCCCAAACCACGCAGGGUCUCCUACACACCUGAGCUGGAUCCGCCUCCAGAGCCGCCUUCACAGAGCAGUGAAGCGGGACCGUCCCAGCUCUCCAUACAGACCGGUCUAACUGUUCCUCUGAAGACUCAGGAUAUCCUCAUCACUGUGGAGGAUGAACCUCCGCCUCCAGCCCCGCCCACCUCCAAGAGAGACGCAAAGAAGCCCCGCCCAUCUGACGCAAAGAAGAAGGACGGGAUGACGAAGAGCUCCCGCCGCUCCACCAAACGCAGGAAGAGGACGGUGGCUGACGAAUCAGCAGAGUGCGUCAUCGACUGGUGGUCCAAAUACUACGCCUCUGUAGAGAAAGAGACCAAACAGAAGGACGGCUCUCUCCUCCCUCAGGUCUUUGACAAAGCGUCGACUUACAGCGGCUUGCUCAGCGCUGGAAUAGACUCCCUGGUCAGCCACUCGGACGGAGACAAGAAGAAGAAGACACUGAAAGGAAAACCGACCGUGGACCCUAAACUUGGUGUUCCUGCUAAGUUAGCCACACUGAAGCUCUAUAACAAGGAGCUGGAGGCGGAGUUCGGGCCUUUCGAUGAAUGGGUGAAGACGUACGAACUCUACAAAGGGAAAGCCAACGACGAGGACGGCGGCACAGACGAGAGAUUCGUUGGUAAAUUUAAGGGGAGAUUCUGCCUCUACAAACUGACCGAGGAUGACGACGAGGACUUGGAAGAAGCUGUGGACUCUGGGCUCUUAAGAGUCAACAGAGGAAUCCCUCCCAACACCCCGAUCCAAGUCCUCAUACGGGUUUACGUGGUCUCUGCGUCCAACCUGCACCCGGCGGACCCUGACGGUAAGGCCGACCCUUACCUCGUGAUCCGGCUCGGCAAGAACGAAAUCAAAGACCGAGACAACUACAUCCCCAAACAGCUGAAUCCUGUGUUUGGACGGUCUUUUGAGAUCCAUGCCACGUUCCCGAAGGAGUCUCUGCUGUCGGUGGUGAUCUACGACUACGACAUGGUGGGAGGGGACGACCUGAUAGGAGAGACUCGCAUCGACCUGGAGAACAGGUUCUACACCCGCCACAGGGGCACCUGUGGACUCCCUGCUGAGUACAGCCUAGACGGGUACAACGCGUGGAGAGACUGCCUGAAGCCUUCAGAGCUGCUCAGCAAGAUGUGCCGAGAGAACGGCGUGGACGGUCCUCACUUCAGACCGGGGCGGAUCAUCGUGGCAGAGAAGGUGUUCACGGGGAAGACCCUGUUCAUGAAUGAAGACCAGCCUGUGGAGUCCUACGAGCACCUGUCUCUGAAGAUCCUGCACCGCUGGGCUGAGAUCCCAGUGGUGGGAUGUAAACUGGUGCCAGAACACAUCGAGACUAGGACUCUGUUCAACAAGGCCCGACCCGGCAUGGACCAGGGUCAGGUCCAGAUGUGGGUGGACAUAUUCCCCAUGGACUUACCUCAUCCAGGACCCGCUGUGGACAUUUCUCCUCGUAAACCUAAAGGGUACGAGCUGAGGAUCAUCAUCUGGAACACUGAAGACGUGAUUCUGGAGGACAGCAACUUCCUGACCGGUCAACAAUCCAGCGACAUCUACGUCAAGGGCUGGCUCAAAGGACUGGAGGACGACCGCGAGGAGACAGACGUCCACUACAACUCUCUGACCGGAGAGGGAAACUUCAACUGGCGCUUCGUGUUCCCCUUCUUCUACAUGCCAGCUGAGAGGGUGGUGGUGGUGAGGAAGAGAGAGAGCAUCUUCUCUCUGGAUAAAACGGAGCAGAAGCUUCCUGCGAUCCUCAUCAUGCAGGUCUGGGACUUUGAGACGCUCUCCUCUGACGACUUCCUGGGCGCGGUGGAGUUAGACCUGCAUGGAUUCCCUCGAGGAGCGAAGACAGCGAAGGCGUGUAAGGUGGACAUGCUGACGGACGGGACGGACAAGAUCUCCAUCUUCCAGCAGAAGAGAGCGAGAGGAUGGUGGCCCUUCACCAAGUCUGGAGACCCCACGGGGAAGGUGGAGGCGGAGUUUCAUCUGGUGACGGCGGAGGAGGCGGAGAAGAAUCCUGUUGGGAAAGCACGAAAGGAGCCGGAGCCGCUGCCGAAACCAAACCGUCCCGACACCUCCUUCUCGUGGUUUGUUAACCCCUUCAAGUGUUUCUUCCACCUCAUCUGGAAGAACUACAAGAAGUACAUCAUCGCCGCUCUGGUCCUCCUCAUCACGGCGCUGUUCCUCGCUCUGCUCUUCUACACGCUGCCCGGCGCCAUCUCUCAGAAGAUCGUCAACGGAUAGAAACACAGACUCAGAACACACACACACACACACACACACAC